GAUGAGUCACAAGAGCGUUGAUAACAUAGUACAAAUAUUUCCUUUGAAAAAUGUUCUGUGUGCGUGGCUAGCUAAGUAGUUGUGAGUUAGGCCGGUAGCUGAGUGGACGUGCACUUUGAGCCAUUAGUGUUACUAUCCUGUGAAUCAUUUACAAAUUAAGGACACCAUGAAUAUCGCUCCAGUAGGCCCUAAAUCGACCCAGCUGACGUGUCCAUCUUGCCACGCCAGUAUUUCCACAAGGGUGGACCACAAGGCCACCACUAAGACACACGUUAUUGCCCUGGUCUUAUGUCUUUUCUUGUGCUGGCCCUGCAUUUGUAUCCCGUACUGCACAGACUCCUGUCGAAAUGCCGACCACUACUGCCCUAACUGUAACUCAUACUUAGGCACAUAUCAAAAUUAACUUGAUGGCUAUUUUGUUAAGUCGAGAUUAUAACUAAUUUGGGGGUUACCUAUCGCCGUUUGUGCACGUAAACAACGAUGACCAAGCUCUCUGGCCUAUUUGGACUUCGUAAAACGCCAUACUAAUGUGGAUAUAAUUGAUUAAAAUAGUCCAAUUUGCGGACAGAUUUAUGAAUUAGCAUCUUUCAAUGGGUUAUCUUUUAAUGAAUAGUCUAAUAUACAAUUAGUAAGUUGAAUAUUAAGAUCUAUAAGUUUAAAGGCCUUUUUAAAUAAUGCAGAAUCGUGAUCACGCCAGAUUGUUCCACUGAUGUGAUCAUGAGGAUUCUUUUAAAGUAAAUAACUCCUUGCAAUUAUACGAGAAAAAAAAACAACAGAAGUCCAAAGUAAAAGCAAUAAAUACGCAUUGGAAAAUAGAAAUAAUAUUUCCUUAAAAUUAGAAGUUAUUAAAACAAACCGUAAGGGUGAGUUACAUCGUCAAAUUUGACGUUGAUCUAAAAAGUUGAGGGUGCAACUCACCAUAACAAUAUUUUUUGGUCAUGUUUUUGCUACAAACUUAAGAAGAUCUCGACAUUCAUAUGCUGUGGGUAGCGGCUUUUUACAUACAAAUAUUAGUUGCGCCCAGAAUUUUGGCAUGUGAAGUACUUUAUUAUAUUAAACCACCCUUAAAGCCGGUACAGACCUAAUGCGUUAAACAUAGCGGUGCGGGUUCACUGUAUGAAAUGCACGCGUAUGCAGCCAAAAUGUAUCCCUACAAAUUAGGUGUGUACCGACCUUAAAUGCACGAGUGAAAGUUAUCAAAUGUUAAUAUGUUCUGAGAAGUUGUUAUAGUGCAUUUAUGGUUUACUAAAUUUUUUUAUGUAUUUUUUGCUUACUUAUGAAAAAUUGCAUUUGUAUUUUUGUAAUCACAAACUAGUUUCUAUUAAGAUAAUAAAAUAUAGUUUAAUGCGAA